UGUUGUAAGUAUUAUGGUUUCUCUUGUACACGUGUAUGUGAUAUUUUAGAAUGCAGUGACCUAUGAUGAUGUGCAUGUCGACUUCACUUGGGAAGAGUGGACUUUACUGGAUCCUUCCCAGAAGAAUCUCUACAAAGAUGUGAUGCUGGAAACCUACAGGAACCUCACUAUUAUAGGAUACAAUUGGGAAGACCAUAAUACUGAAGAGCAUCUUCAAAGUUCUAGAGGAGAUGAAAGUCAUGAACAAAAUCAAACUGGAAAGAAACAUACUAUAUACACUCAAUGUGUUAAAGAUCUUUCAUAUCCCAGUACUCUUCAAAUGUAUGAAAAAGAACAUACUGGAGAGAAACCCUAUGAAUAUAAUCAAUGUGGUAAAGCUUUUGAAUUUCAAAACUAUCUUCAAGAACAUAAAAGAAAGCAUACUGGAGAGAAACCCUAUGAAGGAAAUCAUGGUGGUAAAGGCUUUUCUUGUCAAAGUAGUCUUCAAAUGCAUAAAAAAACUCAUUUUGGAGAGAAACCCUGUGAAUGUAAUCCAUGUAGUAAAGCCUUUACACAAUUCAGUAGUCUUCAAAAGCAUACAAGAACCCAUUCUGGAGAAAAACCCUAUCAAUGUAAUUUAUGUGGUAAAGCCUUUGCACAAUUCAGGUAUCUUCAAAGGCAUACAAAAACACAUUCUGGAGAGAAACCCUGUCAAUGCAAUUUAUGUGGUAAAGCCUUUGCACAAUUCAGUUAUCUUCAAAGGCAUACAAGAACACAUACUGGAGAGAAACCUUAUGAAUGUAAAGAAUGUGGUAAAGCCUUUGCAUAUCAUAGUCAUCUUCAGAGGCAUAAAAGAACACAUACUGGAGAGAAACCCUAUGAAUGUAAUCAGUGUGGUAAAGCCUUUGCAAGUCAUAACCAUCUUAAUACACAUAAAAGAACACAUACUGGAUAG